AAUGCUUCCCUGUCGGUGUAGGUAGUUUCGCUGUGUCCGACGUCGCUCUUCUUCCAGAUCCAGCGCCAGCCUUUUUCCCUACUUAUGCCAUCCAAUCCAUCCUUGAGAGCUUCCUGACAUACCGCAGUCGAGACUGUUAGGGCAGCACAGCAUAUAGCUCUGCUGUUACCCUUUCCUGGGCCACCCUCCCGCUCUUCGCCCCCCGCGGGUCCUUCCAAAUUUCCAAUCCACACACAACCAUCAUGACCGUCUCGCAAGGACCCGUGGCCGUGAUCGAGAAUCAACUUGAUGCGGCCUAUCCAACGGCCGUGGCUACCGGAGCCAAGGCACUUGCCGCUUUGCAGAAGCCCACCAUGAAACAGAGCAGAUACCUUGUCGUAUCCCCAUACUCUGAGCAAGAGCAUCUUCUCGACCUCGAGAGCCUCGACAUUGAGAAUCAGCUGCUAGCGCUCUCGCUGACCACCAUGAAAUGCCUGCGAGAUGACUAUGCCACAGCACCGUAUAUCGAGACGUUCAAUUGGGCCGACAUGAUAGCAACGCUGCGGGCUCUGGCGCGGCAAAUCAACCAUUCGUGGAAGGAGACUUCCUUCUUCGUCGUGGCGUUCCGUUCUCAGAUACCUCCAACAACGGCCUAUUCUGACCUGGCGGUGCUUGAUAAAGCAGCGCACUCCGAGGCCACAGCUAGUGGCGGUUUUCUCAAGUACUGGUUUGGGAGUCCAGACACCGAGGGUCGCAACUUGGCGACAUGUAUAUGGAGGUCCCAAGAAGAUGCAAGGAAAGGAGGGAUGGGCCCCGCUCACCGCAAGGCCGCUGUCGCAGCGCGGUCUUUGUAUUCGUACUGGAAAAUUGAUCGGCAUCGGCUCACUAUAAAGAAUGGCAUCGAUAGCUGGGAGAUUACUGAGUGGGCAGAAUGAGGCGAUGUGGCGGUUGCAAUGGUUUGCUUGCUGUGAAAGUGAAGGCGUUCAUCAUUAUAAGGUGGUUAGGAUGAGUUGGUGGAU